UCUCUGUGGAGAUUUCCCUGCUUCCAGCCUCCUAUGGAGGAGCUCAUGCAUUAUAAAUGAGAGCUGACAUCACGGACAUCAAUAAGCAACGUUGAACCGGGUUAAUCACAUUGGAAAGAGUUUCUGGGCUUCCUGUUAUCUCCGCCGCCCUAACCUCCGCAGAGGACCAGUCCGCACAGACACGCACGGCUCAUCUCGUAAAAGCUCCUCAACCCGAUCUUCCAGAAGGAUUCCUGGCACUCGCCCACCCCUCCCAGCGCAAGGACGAACAAUAAAUCUGCAUGACUGUCACAAAGAUGUCAUGGCGUCCGCAGUACCGCAGCUCCAAGUUCCGAAAUGUCUACGGCAAGGCAGCCAGCCGGGAGCACUGCUUCGAUGGCAUCUCCAUCACCAAGAACGUUCAUGACAACCACUUCUGUGCCAUCAACCCCAAGUAUCUUGCCAUUGUGACCGAGUCUGCUGGCGGGGGCUCCUUCCUUGUUAUUCCUCUGGAGCAGACAGGACGGAUUGACCCACUCUACCCCAAGGUCUGUGGUCACCAGGGAAACGUGCUGGACAUUAAAUGGAACCCGUUUGUGGACAACAUCGUAGCCUCCUGUUCCGAGGACACUUCAGUGAGACUCUGGGAGGUCCCAGAAGGAGGUCUGAAGAGGAACAUGACUGAGGCUGUGUUGGAGCUGUAUGGACACAGCCGGCGAGUUGGCCUCAUUGAGUGGCACCCCACCACCAAUAAUAUCUUAUUCAGUGCAGGUUAUGAUUAUAAGAUCCUGAUCUGGAACCUGGAAAUUGGUGAGCCAGUUAAAAUGAUCGACUGCCACACUGACGUCAUUCUCUGCAUGUCCUUCAACACGGACGGAAGCCUCUUUGCCACCACCUGCAAGGACAAGAAGCUGAGGGUCAUCGAGCCGCGCUCCGGCAAAGUGCUACAAGAAGCAAGCUGCAAGAACCACAAAGUAAACCGCGUGGUGGUCCUGGGGAACUCAAAGAGGCUGCUCACCACAGGAGUGUCAAGGUGGAACACCAGACAGAUUGCUCUCUGGGAUCAGGAAGACUUAGUGAUGCCAAUAAAAGAAGAAGAAAUCGAUGGUCUCUCGGGGCUCCUGUUCCCCUUCUACGAUGAUGAUACACACAUGCUCUACCUAGCUGGAAAGGGUGACGGGAAUAUUAGAUACUAUGAAAUCAGCACCGAGAAGCCAUAUCUCCACUACCUGAUGGAAUAUCGCUCACCGGCCCCUCAGAAGGGGAUGGGUGUGAUGCCAAAACACGGGCUGGAUGUGUCCAUCUGUGAGGUGUUCCGGUUUUACAAACUGGUCACACUGAAAGGAGUGAUUGAACCGAUCUCGAUGAUUGUGCCAAGAAGGUCUGAAACAUACCAGGAAGACAUUUACCCAAUGACACCAGGGACUGAGCCUGCUCUAACGGCAGAAGAGUGGCUAAGUGGAAUGAACAGAGAUCCGAUCCUAAUGUCUUUGAAGGAAGGUUACAAAUCCACAAAUAUUGCUUUCAAGCCACCAAAAAAGGACAAGAAAAGUGUGGUGGUGAAUGGAAUCGAUCUACUGGAAAACGUACCACCUCGGACAGAGAACGAGCUUCUCCGGAUGUUCUUCCGACAGCAAGACGAGAUCCGAAGGCUAAAGGAAGAACUGACGCAGAAGGACGUGAGAAUACGCCAACUGGAACUGGAACUCAAGAAUCUGCAGAACGUCCCGAAAAGCACCUGACCUCGGGGUCCCUGCCGCCAUUCCUCAUCCCUCUGGCAUGUCGCGGAAUUAUCAGCAGCGGUUAUACGCAGAUUGUAAGAAUGCUAUAGGACCUUUAAAACCCACAGAGUCUGCCCCACCACCCUCAAGUGAGAGAGAAACUGGAAGUUAUGUCGAUUUCCAAAAUGUUUAGCCAUAUGCACAACUAACAGAAGAGCUCGACGGGUCUGCACACUAUGCCUCAGCAGGUAUCUGGAGUGCUAAGCAUGGUCCAUAGAGAUCCAGUCAUCAUCAGCUGCCCAGAGACAUGUAUACUUUUAAAAGUUCUGCAUGCUAAUGAGUCAUUUUAACAUCGUUUUACAUUAAAUACUCCAAGGUGCCUCUGAAUUAGCGUCUUUGUAAGCCUUGCCCAAUUUAGCUGCUAAGGUGGAAGUUUUAUUGGAAAAGAGCUGAGAGCAGGUACAGGCCCUUCCUCGCCAGUCUAUGCAUCAUAUCUCAGCUGGAGACUCCCUCGCGUUCCCACUUACCCUUUCCUUUCCCAUCUACCCACCAAACUGCACCGGCUACGCUGCACCAUGUUAACUUUGUCCCUGUGUAUCGGAUGAUUUGUGAUACUCAGGUUAACGCAGUCGGGGUAUGGGAGGCACUCUGCCUUCCCUUCUAUGCUGGACAGUGACUCAAACUGUCCUUAUAAAUGAGUGGCCACAAACAAGUUAGAAGGUUAAAGAUUAGAACACAAGAGGUCCUGCACAUGCAGGAAAUCCAGAGCAGCACAUAGAAAAUACUGGAGGAACUCGGCAUGUCUGGCAGUGUCCAGGGAGGGGAAUAAAGAAGUUGAUGUUUCGGGCCUUCAUCAGGACUGAAGAGGAAGGGCGGUGAAGGCAAAAUAAGAAGUUGGGGGGAAGGGAAGGAGUACGAGCUGGAAGGUGAUAGGUGAAGCCAGGUGAGGGAGCUUUAUUUGUAAUUUAUUGGUAAAGAUUAGUUUUAUUUAUCACAUGUACAUCAAAAUAUACAGUGAAGUGCAUUGUUUGCUUCAAAUCAAAUCAGCGAGGAUUGUGCUGGGCUGCCCGCAAGUGUCUCCAUGUAUAGCAUGCCCACAACUCACUAACCCUAACACUUGCAUCUCAGGAACGCGGGAGGAAACCAGAGCAUCCAGUUGAGCUCUCAUGGUCACGGGGAGAGCGUCCAAAUUCUUUGCAGACAACGGCGGGAACUGAACCGUGAUCAGGGAUCACUGGCACUGUCAUAGUGUUAUGCUAACCACUAGGCUACAGUGCCACCCUUAAGUUAGCUGUUGGAAUUUGGGAAUUAUGUAGUGUCUUUAGAUACAAAAUUAAAACCAGAGCACCUAUAAAUUUUGUGAGACUUGUCCCAACCCAGAAAAGUGGAAGAAGAGACCAAUACAUUGCCAGAGGACAGAUACAAUAAAAUUAAGGAAGUUAACCCGAACUGGUUAAAGUACAGAGCCAGCCCAGCUCGGCCUGUGCUGGACAGGGUCCAUUUGGCCUGGUCUGAGUAUAACGCAUGUCAGCUCUAAUUGGCAACGUUCUCACUUGCAAUCUGAGUUCAAGCCUGGUUCUGGAGUUGUGGCUGGAAAACUUGAGGCUGACAGUCCAGUGCAAUACUGAGGGAGCACCACAGUGUUCAUGCAGCCCUCUCUUGGAGGAGCCAUCAAAUUGCACUCUCUGGGGGAUGGGAGCAGAGCAACAACUGGGGAAUGUUUAUCCUCACUAAGAGAGAUUCUGUGGCCACCACUGAUUGCUGUCUCUGGGAGUGUGCUGCACACGAACUGGCUGUCACAACAGUGCUUCUAAAAGUGUGUCAUUGGCUUGCUUUCUUUUUGUUUAUUUUCUCUCUCUCUCUCUCUCCCUCUAUCUCUAUCUCUCGCUUUUUUUUCCUCCCUCUUCUUUCUUUGUCCAAUGUCCCUUCCAGUUUAGUGAUGAGGUUGUCCCCCUCAGCUCCCAUUUCCCUGGCAGUGACCCUUCGGAAUAACGCUUCUGACAGCCUUAUGGGAAAAUAAAGCUAGAAGAAGGAGGCCAUUCAGUCCUUCAUAGUUGCCCUGCUAUUCAAUCUUGUGACUGACCUUUAACCCCUGAACUCCUUUCUUGCACUAACUCUUGAUUCUGAUUAGACCGUAAGAUAUACAGUAGGUACAGAAUUAGAUCAUUCGGCCCAUCGAGUCUGCUCUGCCUUUCCAUCAUAGCUGAUUUACUAUCCCACUCAACUCAUUCUUCUGCCCUCUCUCCAUAGCAUUCGACACCCUUAGUAAUCAAGAACCUAUCAACCUCUGCUUUAAAUAUACCCAGUGACUUGGCCUCAACAGCCAUCUGUAGCAAUGAAUUCCAUAGAUUCACUACCCUCUAGCCAAAGAAAUUUCUCUUCAUCUCUGUUCUAAGAGGACGUCUUUCUAUUCAGAGGCAGUGCCUUCCGGUCCUAGACUCCCUCACUACAGGAAACAUCCUCACCAGGUCCUAGUGACCUGGGCCUAUCUAGAUGUAGAUAGAUAGAUCUAUCUAUCUAUAUAGGCCUAUAUCUAGGCCUUUCAAUAUUUAAUAAGGUUCCAUGAGAUCCCUCCUCACUCUUCUAAACAACAGCGAGUACAGGCCCAGAGCCAUCAAACACUCCGGGUAUGUUAACCCUUUCAUUCCCAGGAUAAUUCUCGUGAACCUCAUGUGAACCCACCAGUGCCAGCACAUCCUUCCUUAGCUGCUAAAUUACAACAGCUUAGGAAACCAUAACAGUACAGCUAGCUCACAGCUUUGGAAAUCCAGGUCGGAUCCCAGUCUCCAGUGUUGCUCUCAUGGAAUUUGCAUGUUCUCCCUGUGACCAUGUGGAUUUCCUCCAAACACUCCAGUAUCCUCUCAGGUCCCAAAAGCACAUGGAUUGGUAGGUCAGUUGGACACAAUGAAUUAUCCCUAGUAGGUCAGAGAUGACUGACAGAAUCCAGGGGGAGUUAAUGGGAGUGUGGGGAGAGAAAAGGGGGAUUAGUGCUGGGUUAAUGUAAAUGACUCGGUCACUACAGACCCUGUGACUAACAAUUUGAUGUACUGCUCCUAAGGGUUUGAGGUUGCCUCUUCUAUUGAGGGUGAACGCUUGAGCAGAAAAGUUCUUAGCUUGGGGCUGAGUGGUGUUGGUUACAGCAAAAUAUAGAAUGUUUCCUAUGGUGAGGGAGUCCAAGAUCAGAGGACACACCCUCACAGUAGAGGGACGUCCUUUUUAGAACGGAGAUGAUGACGAAUUUCUUUAACCAAAGGGUGGGAAUCUGUAGAAUUUGUUGCCACAGGUGGCUGUGGAGGCCAAUUUAUUGGGCAUAUUUAAGGAAGAGGGUGAUAAAUUCUUGAUUAGUCAGGGCAUGAAGGGACAUAGGGAGAAAGCAGGAGAUUGGGGCGGAAAGGAAAAAUGAAUCAGCCAUGAUGAAAUGGCAGCGCAGACUCAAUGGGCCAAAUGGCCUAAUUCUGCUCCUAUAUCUUAUGGUCCUUAUGCAAAAACAAGUUCUGUUCUGUGCGAUAGAUAAGGAGGAGGGCGUCUCCACUUCCCAAAUGUUGAUCUCUCUCACACAAGAAUCGCACUCCACCCAGCAGGCAUUGCCCAUGGCACAGUUAGGAGCUUUCACUACACAGUUGCUUCGAAGUUUAUUAAUGUAACUUUGUUGUUUUAAAAUUUUAAUUAACAUAAAGGUCAUAGAAUGGGGAAAGAGGCCCUUCGGCCCAACUGGUUCAUGCAAACCAGUCCAAGCAAGCUAGUGCCUUUUGCCAGUGUUAGGCCCAUAUUCCUCAAAAUACUUAUUAAAUACAUACCUGUCCAAGUAUCUUUUACAUGUUGUUAAUGUACCUGCCUCAGCUACUUCCUCUGCAGCUCAUUUCAAGUACUGACCACUCUCUAGGUGACAAAGUUGUUCCUCAAGUUCCUGUUAAGUCUCUCCCUCCUCACCUUCAACUUAGGCCCUGUAGUUCUUGAAUCCUAUCCCUGGGAAAACACUGUGCUUAUUCACCCUGCCAUUGCCAUCAUUAAGUGCUGUGUCGUAUGACUUUCCAUGACCAUGAUUGCUGUUGGUAAAUUUUUCUACAGAAGUGGUUUGCCAUUGCCUUUUUCUAGGCAGUGUCUUUACAAGACAGGUGACCCCAGUCAUUAUCAAUACUCCUCAGAGAUAGUCUGCCUGGUGUCAGUGGUCACAUAACCAGGACUUGUGAUAUGCACCCGCUGCUCAUACGACCAUCCACCACCUGCUCCUGUGGCUUCACAUGAACCCUGAUCAGGGGUUAAGCAGGUGCUACACCCGCAGACUAACAGAGACCUCACUUUAAGGAGAAAGAGAUUGAUAUUGGUUUAUCAUUGUCACACGGACUGAGAUGUAGUGAAAAGCUUUUCUUUUGCCUGCCAUCCUUCAGAUCAUGUGAUGUAUAAUUAUAGGAAAGUAGUAAAAAGAAAACAGAAUGUAGAAUAAAGUGUUACAGUUAGAGAAAGUGAGGUGCAGGUGAACAAAUAAAGAACAAGGGCUACAAUGGGAGAUCAAGAGUUCGUCCUUUAGUGUACAAGAGCUCCGUUCAAGAGUCUGACAGUCCUUGCAGAAUAGAGGCUUUCCUUGAGUUUGUGGUUCAUAGAGUCACAGAGCUCUACUGUAGAGAAACAGACCUUUUGGCCCAUCAAGUCUGUGCCGAACUGUUAUACUACCUAGUCCCAUUGACUUGUAAUAGUUCAUGUUCUGUGUGCAUCUUUUGCCUGACAGGAGUUCAAAGUUCAAAGUAAAAUGUAUUAUCAGAGUACAGACAUGUCACCACAUAAAGUCAUGAAAGCCUCCUUCCUGCAGGCAUACUCAGCAAAUCUAUAGAACAGUAACUGUAAAAAGAGUCGAUGAACAACAAACUGCGCAAAUACAAAUAUAAAUAAAUAGUAAUAAAUGACAAGAACAGGAAAGAACAAGAUAAAGAGUCCUUAAAGUCAGACCAUCGGUUGUGGGAACACCAAAAAUAGAAUGAGUAUAGUUAUCCUCUUUUGUUCAAGGGCCUGAUGGUUGAGGGGCAGGAUCUGUUCUUGAACCUGGUGGUGUGAGUCCUGAGGCUCUUGUACCUUCUACCUGAUGGCAGCAGCAAGAGCGUGGCCUGUGUGGUGAGGAUCUUUCAUGAUGGAUGCUGUUUUUCUAUGACGUUUCAUGUAGAUGUGCUCAAUGGUUGGGAAGGCUUAACCCAUGAUGUAAGGGGCUGAAUCCACUACCUUUUGUAGGAUUUUCUGCUCAAAAGUUCCCAUAGGAGGGGACCUUGAUUAUGUUGCUUUCUUUUUCAAGGUAACAUAAUUAAUGAUAGUUGAUUUGUUUUGUCACGUGUACCAAGAUACAGUGAAAAGCCUGUCUUGCACACAGAUCAAAUCGUUGCAACAGUGCAUUGGGGUCGAACAAGGUAAAACAAUAACAAUGCAGAAUAAAGUUUAACAGCUACAGAGGAACUGCAGUGCAGGCAAACAAUAAGAUGCAAGGUCAUAACAAAGUAGACUAUGAGGUCAAGAGUCCAACUAUUGCACUAGGAACUGUUUGGUAGCCGUAGAACAAUGGGGUAGAAGUUGUCCUUGAGCCUAGUGGUAUUUAUCUUCUGCCCAAUGGAAGAGGGUUGUGUAUUGGAGAAGUUGAACAAAAAUGGGGAAAGAUGGGCAAAUGGAGCCAGCAUUGUUUCGACAUCCCUGGACUGAUUCAGACUAACCAGUAGAUCAUGUGAAGGUAUAAUCCCAAUGCCUCAGGUGAAAUUCUUGGACAGAAGCUACUACAGCCACUUUUUGCUGAGGUCCAUAGAAACUAGAAAGAGAGGAGUGGAGAAAUGGACUGACAACCCACUAUUAUCAUGCUGCAUCACUAUCUUGGAGACACAGGAGACUGCAGAUGCUGGAAUCCGGAGCAAAAAAUAAUCUUACUUCGGAAUUCAACGGCUAAAAAGUAUCUGUUGGGGGAAGCAAUCACCAACAUUUCAGGUCAAAAACUGCUUUUCAGGUAUCCCUGAUGCAGAGUUUCAACCCAAAAGAUCAACAUUCCUCUCCCACUCCUUCCCUUCUCUCCUGCCUAUCACUUCCCUCUGGUGCCCCUCCUCCUUCUCUUUCUCCCAUGGUCCACUCUCCUCUCCGAUCAGAUUCCUCUUUCUUCAUCCUUUUACGUCUUCCACCCAUCCCCUCUCAGCUUCUUACUUCAUCCCCCCUUACCAACCCACCUACUGUCCAGCUCAGAUGGCUUUACCUAUCCUUCCCCUCCCGCCACUGACCCCCUCCCAAACUUUUCAUUAUGGCCUCUUCCCUCUUCCAUUCCAGUCCUGAUGACGACCCUCAGCCUGAAACAUCAACUGUUUAUUCCUCUACAUCAACUCUUUAUUCCUUUCCGGGUGACCUGCUGAGUCCCUCCAGCAUUUUGUGUGUGUUGCUCUGGAUUUCCAGCACCCGCAGAAUCUUUUCCAUUGACAUCAAUAAUCCUUUCUGUCCAUAGAUAGUGCUCAGCUGCUGAGUUUCUCCCAAAAAUUGUUUGUAACAUCAUGAUCUUCCCUUUUUCCCAGUUCAGAAUUGGCAAUGCAGUAGAUCCCUUGAAAAGAUCACAGGAGUGUCAAUCACAUAAGGCGGAAAUUGAACAAACAUUGAACUGCCCAUGACAACAGACAUUACAGCUAAUGACUCAACAACUGCCUAUGCAAUACAUACUGAUGAAUUUGAUCACCUGUCCCUGGAGGGGUCGAGGCUUCAAUAAAUAUUAAUGCAGUCUGCAGAAACAACCAGAACUCGCAAACUGAAGCUUGUGAAAGCAUUAGGAAAUAACCUGAUGGAAGAUCUAUCAGAACAGUUCUCACAGGUGGGACCUUGGUGGAACAGAUGCCCUCAAAUAGCAAAUAAGGUGAAUGGCGCUAAAUGUUUUCUUUUAUAGUGUUGUCUGAGGAAAGGACACUAGCUGAGGAGAGGGAUCUUGGCCAGGAGCUCCUUUCUGUAAGUUAUCCCACAGAUGUUUAUAUAUUCAACGAUUUUAAUCUUUUUUAUUCGGAGAUAUCCGGCUUUUCCACCCCAAUGAGCUUUGCCACCCAAUUACUGUACACCCAUGUGACCAAUUAACUGACUAACCCAUAUGUUUUUUUUGAAAUGUAGCAAGACACCUAUGUAGUCAAGGGUAGAAGAUACAACCUCAUUACAGACACUGGUGGAAUUGAACCCAUAUCACGGGCGCUGUAGCAGCGUUUAUGCUACCAUGCUUCCCAAUUCCCUUUGAACUGGGACAGCGGGGCUACAGUUUACUGCUGGUUGACUUCAGAACCCCAAAAUUCACAGUAACUACAGUCUAACAAUACAGUGCAUUGGCUGUGAAGGACAUCCUGAGGGUGAGGAUGGAAAUGCACGUCUUUUAUCACUGUUGGUUCUUGGCUUAUAAAAGAGCUGGUUUAGAAAUUGUCUUGAGUGUUAUGAGCUCUGGUGGAAAUGAAGGUGAAGGUCCUAAGCUACAGAAAGACCAUAGAGAAAUCAUGCUGAGGACCAACUGUGAAAGUGGAGAGAGAAAGGCCUAAAUAGAAUGGAUGUGGAGAGUACGUUUGCAAUAGUGGGAGAGUCUAGGACCAGAAGGCACAGCCGUAGAAUACAAGAACAACUCUUUGGAACAGGAAUGAGGAGGAAUUUCUUCAGCCAGUGGGUGGUGAAUCUGUGGAAUUCAUUGCCACAGACGGCUGUGGAGGCCAAGUCAUUGUGUAUAUUUAACGCAGAGGUGAUGGGUAAAGGCAGGUGAGACUGGAAGAGUAGGUUUUGAAAAUGACACAGCUGCUCAGUGAGUCAGGUGAAAUAAGACGAUAAGACAUUGGAGCAAAAUUAGGCCAUUCGGCCCAUGAAGUCUGCUCUGCUAUUCCAUUAUGGUUGAUUUAUUAUCUCUCUCAACCCAGUACUCCUGCCUUUUCCCUGUAACCUUUGACAUCCUUACUAAUCAAGAACCCAUCAACCACUUUAAAUACACCCAAUGAAUAUGUGGAGAAGGAAACAGAGUUGGUGAUUCAGAUCAAUGACUGUUUAUUCGAUGAUCAUACUACCUCUGUCCACACACACCUUUGGCUGGCUGAGAAUGUCAGACACCCUCUCUGGUUUAUUUCAGGUCUUGGCAGCUUUUAGCUUUUAGGCUGUGGAAUUUUGUUGGAUUACCCUCAGAAGGCCAGGCUGAGCUGAAGGUUUGAGGAUAGUACGGGAUUGGACAACUAGUUAGCUUUUCACACUUCACUGAUAUCUUAAGGAACAUUGCACAAACAUUUUAGCAAGUUUUUGACGCCCAUCAGUAUCUCUGUCCCAACUUGUCAGAGCAGGGUUGAUGUCACUACGUUGUUCCAUUCUUAUCCAGUACCAUACUGGCCUCUUCUUCUUUAAUUUACAGUUCAAGGUCAUCAGGUGCCUCCUGCCUCUUGGACAAUCAGCUCCAAAACUCAGCAUUGUACAUCGCAUUAGAUAUUUGCUUUCUGUUUUAUCUUCAGAUAGCAUAAGAGAACAAACAUAUCAAACAAAAAUUGGGCUAUCACUGUGACACACACAUAAUAAAGCAAUUUAAAACCACAACCUAAGCAUACAGUACUCUGCAAACAUUUUAGGCAGAUAUCUGUUGCUGGCCAAGACUUUUUGCGAGGUUCUGUAGUGAUUUUUUUUGUAUUGCACUGUACUGCUGCCACAAAAAAAAGCAAAUUUCAAUACAUAUGUGAGUAAUGAUAAACCUGAUUCUGAUAUGGGUCUCUACUGUGGACUGAGAGUGGGAAGGGGGCAGGGAGAGGGGAAUCAUGGUUGGCAAAAGGCAAGAGAGAGGAGGGGGCAGGAAGCACCAGAGGGACAUUCUGCAAUGAUCAAUAACACAAUUGUUUGGAUUCAAGUGACCUUGCCUGGUGUGUCUGCAGCUGUACCAUCCCCUGCCCUGGCACUCCUCUGCCCCCUGUCCCACAUCCCUCCUACAGCAUUCCACUCUCACCACUCCCUACAUCCUUUACAAACUCACACUCCGCUCCACGUUGACAGAUACAGUACUGUGCAAAAGUCUUAGGCACCCCAGCUAUAUACAUGUGCCUAAGCAGUCCAUCAAAUCCCAUUGAAUGGCAACAUGCAAAUGUUCCUUUGGUGGGUUAUUCCAUCACCUUGCAUUGAGAUAGCUAUCUAGUUCCACUAGGGUCAUGUGAAGCCAUGGGAGCAGGUGGUGCAUUAUCACGUCCUGGUUAUGCAACCACUGAUGCCAGGCAGACAAUCUCUGAAGAGUGUUGAUAAUGGCUGGGGUCACCAGUCUUGUAAGGGCACAGCCCAGAAGGCAAUGGCAAACCGCUUCUGUAAUAAAAUUUACCAAGAGCAAUCAUGGUCGUGGAAAGACUGUGAUUACCUAAGUCAUACAACAUGGCACAUAAUGAUGAUGAUGAUCUAGUUCCAAGGCCCUUUCUGGGAGCACUUCCAAACAAAAGUUAGUGCAGAGCCACAUGGAGAGUUUCAGAACUGAAGGACAAAAGCAUGGUUUUCUGAAGAACCUUCUGGAGAAGUUCAGGGAAGAGAUUCCAUUGUUCGACCUCGGCCAAUAAUGGGAGUGUGAUCAACUUUUUGAAGGAUUGAGAGACCAGAAUUAGAAAUUUCAUGGGAUCUGUAGGGCUGAAGAAGUUGACUACAAUUUGGAGGAGGGAUUGAAAGUGAAAGCAAUAUUUGAAAUGGAGACAAUGCUUCCAAGAGUGUGUGAGAUUGGGCAGCAGGUUUCGAUUGAAUCGGAACAGUUUGGUUUUAAUUUUAAAGGGUCUCCAGAGAGAGAGAUGCUGUUGGUGCUUGUGGACUGAAAUUCAUGAUGGCACUAAAGAUAGUUGCUUUUAAGUAACAUAACUGUGUGUAAUAAUGAGAAAUUAGAAUAUUAAGACAGUUAAUAAAGUACUGAAGAUUGAGCAUAGAAUACUACAGCACAGUACAGACUCUUCAGCCUGUAAUGCUGUGCCAAUGUUUUAACCUACUCUGACAUCAAUCUAACCCUCCCCUCUUGCAUAGCACCCCAUUUUCCUUUCAUCUAUGUGCCUAUCUAAGUGUUUCUUAACUGCCCUUAAUGUAUCUGUCUCUACCACUACCACUGGCCCAGUGUUUCAUGCAUUCAUCAUUCUGUCUGUAAAUAAUUUAUCUCUGACAUCCUCCCCACCAUACUUUCCUGCAGUCACCUUAAAAUUAUGUCCCUUUGAAUUAGGCAUUUCCGCCCUGGGAAAAUGACACUGGCUGUCUACUUGAUCAUGCUUCUCAUCAUCAUGUAUGCCUCUAUCAGGUCACUUCUCAUCCUCCUUCUCUCCAAAGAGAAAAGCCCUAGCUCACUCAAUCUUUGCUCAUAAAAUAUGCCCCCUAAUCCAGGCAGCAUCCUGGUAAAUCUCCUCUGCACCCACUCAAAAGCUUCCAUGUCCUUCCUGUAUUGAGGUGACAGGAAGUGAAUAAACCCUUCUAAGUAUAGUCAAACCAGGGUUUUAUAAAGCUGUAAUAUCACCUCGCGGACCUUGAACUCAACCUCCUGACUUAUGAAAGUCAACACACCAUAAGCCCUCUUAACAAUCCUAUCAGAGGGCUGUAUCAUCUCAGGAAAUUCUCCAGGGAAGAGGGACCUGUUGCUAAGCAACCAACCACUGUGUGUGAUUUCUUUCAAUCCCUUAAAUGGGUCAGUGAGCGUUCCCUCCAUAAAUGUAAGGAACGCUAGCCUCAAAUGUUAUCUCCCAGGCUAAGUGUGGGAGCUUGUCUCACCCUCCGCCUGCACGUAGUGACGGGGAGAAUACAUGGACAAGUCCAGAGUGUAAACACUUCAAACUUAUACUUGCUUGGGCCCCGGGAGAGCAUUUUAUUAAAGUGAUGAUCUGAGAGCUGGGAAGACAUUCAGGAAUUAUCACAGGCUGAGUCAGCCUGUCAACACCGCUGGCAAAGCCAGAAUUUACUACCUAUCUCUUGUUGCUCUUGUGAAGCUGGGGGAUGUGCCAUCUCUUGAAGGAUGGACGUGCUUCCAUAGUGCUGUAAAGAAGCGCAUUUCAGAAUUUAGAUCCAGUGAUGAGGAAGGACUGAUAAUUGAUCUCCAAGUCAGAAAGGUCUCGUUCACUGUGUUUACACCAAGAGGGGGAGAUUACAGUCACCUAGGAUUUAUGUGGUCUGAAAUUAUUCACUUAAAAAUUGGUUUAGAUCACAGGUUCCUAACCUGGGGUCCACGGUCCCCUUACUAAAUGAUAUUGGUCCAUGGCAUUAAAAAAAAAGGGUUGGGAACCCCCGGUUUAGAUAUUUUAAAAAGGAAUAAAUGUGGGGGAAUAAAACACUUGGCUGUGGUCCCAGGGUUAACAUAGAACGUUGAACAGGUCCUGGCAGCUGAAAACGUGCCACAACCGUCUAAAAAUUCAAAGUUCGAAGUAAAUUUAUUAUUGAAGUACAUAAAGUGUAUGUCACCAUAUUCAUUGCCUUAGAGGCCUUUACAGGAAAAUAAAGAAAUACAAUGGAAUUUAUGAAAAGCUAUACAUAUACAAAAACUGACAAACAACCAAUGUGCGAAAGAAGACAAAUCACGCAAAUUAAAAGAAGUAAAUAAAUAAUACUGAGAACACGAGUGGUAGAGUCCUUGAAAGGGAGUCCAUGGGCUGUGGAGUCAGUUCAGUGUUCCACCUGUAACCUCACUGUGAUUACAACUGCAGACUGUCAAGAGGUCGGUCUUGGAAGAUGCCAAUACUUUUGGGUGCUGAUAGGACUGGAGAAGAUUAAAGAGAUAGAAAUGAUGGAAAGAUUUGAAAUGGAGAAAAUUAUAAAAUCAAGGCACUGUUUAACUGGUAUUGGAAUGUGGUAAUCCAUAAUCGCAGCCUUAACUCCACUAAUUAUACCUCACUCUAAAAUCUUAUGCUUAUCUAUACUUGGUUGAAGAUAAAUAUUUCCAAAAAAUAAUGCAAAUUGCUAAUGUACACCUGUCGUGGGUCCACCAAUGAAGAUGUGGAAACUUGACAGACCUACACGUGCAGCUCUCAUUCCAAACGUGGACGCAGGGAUUGGGAUUGGAUAUAAGGGAAUAUGAACUGAAUUACAGUUAUCCCUGCACAUUCUCGCCUGGUUAUGCCUGUAAGCUACUCAGUUGUGGCCCUGGACAUGAUUAACUAAAGGCACUAAUAAAAUCAUUAAUUAGCAAACAUUAUAGUACAAGUCGAAAUUAGCUAUCGGACUCUAAUGAAGCUGGUGGUGUAUUGGUCCUUUACGCUGAGGCUAAAGUUUAGUCAAUUCUUGCAAGGGAAAUCAUGAGACCACACAAUAUACUGUGAGCACACAAUUCUUCAAACACACACACCUUCAUGCACUGCUGAGCAGUACAAUACAUUGUGAACACACAAUUAUUCACAAUUCUCUCUGACACCUUCAUGUGCUGUGCUGAAUAGGGAUUGACAUAUAACAGCACAUGGGGCUCCUUCUCCAACAGAAGGUGAGCUGAUCUCAGUGGAGCAUUGGUAGCUUGCUCUGUUGUGUCUUUGCCUGAGUUACUGAAAUCUCCUGGAGGAGGACUGCAUAAAUGCCUAUAUAUUCUAGCCUCCAUGCCCCGCGCAUGCUGGUAAUGUUAAAUAAUGGGAUGAGUACAAUAGUUGCAGAAGGAUAUACGUCUUUCUGAGAAGGUCAUAGGUUCCAAAGUGACUCUGGUGAGGGAAUGCAAGCCAAGAAACACUUUCAGCAGGAGGAUCCUUUUAGUCAUUCUACAAGUGAGUCUGGAGGGAAGAAUAUUAGAACAUUGGGAUCUAAAAUGGCCACUUAUUAAGGAGGGUGACUUAGUUAUAAGGCCAUGCUAAUUUACCUGAUCUAAUGGGAUCAGCAAGUUUUGAUGCCUUCAUAUAUGGUUAGUCAAUGAGUUAGAUAUCCCCCGCUGUGGAUUACCCUGAAUAGAUGAUAGUUAAAGACUCUGUGAUACCUUUGUACAUUUUAUUUUUGCCCUUGUACAUUUUACUCCACUAUCACUGUGUAAUGUGAAUACCCUUGUCAACAACUAAUGAAGUCUAAAUCACUGUGAUUUUACUUUCGUGAAAUAAGUCACAUAAACUGCACUCUGUAACCGAUUACACAAAUAAAAUAUUGUUUUCUCAGUUCUGAAGACUUUGAUUACAUAGAACUGUUCACACCAAAGGCCAGGAUUCAUCAAGCACUGUCUUAAA